CCCUGGUCCUGCCGAGUGAAGACGGGCGCGGUUAUCACCUCUACCAUCAGACCGCCCCAAGGAAGUAUGAGUAUCUCGUAUCAAAACCUGGAUCUAAAAAAGGAGUGAUUUUGCAUACUUCCAGGCGCUUUCGUACUCCUAAUAAGACGCAGAGAUUGUCGAUGUUGGAGUAAUACACUUCCAGCGAAUGUAUACACAAGAAAGCAAAGUAGUUACCCAUGCUUACCAUCCCCUCCACGCCCCUCCCUUUACCCUGCCACUCAACCACCCAACUCCAUACGGAAGGACAUAAUGAGGUUUCUCCACCGAAAAAAAAAAAAAAAUUGGAUGACAAAUUACUACGCUUCUGCUAAACAACAACCGUUGAUGCUAUCGAGCAGGAUAGAACAUUCCACAUUAACCGAUUGGUUUAUUGAUUACCCUCUAUUUUUUGGAGGGGGGCUCCCAAUAUAGUUCGAUAAAUAAUUUAUUCCAUCCCUUACCCUGCCGAAAUCCGACAACGACAACGCGUGACAACCAAACAAGCGUGUCGCUCACUCCACCAUUUUCGUUUUCCCUCGAUUCUGUAAUGACCUUCCGGAACAUAGUUUGCGGUGGUUUUUGUGGCCUGAUUUCAAACACCAAGCGGGCAUAACGUCCAAAAGCAGGUUAGAGGUAAACAAACAAAUUACUUGCCUAACUUAAGGGGUGGAGGGAAACUGCCUAGCGCAUCGGGGCUUGUAGCGCUUAGCGAAGUAUAUAUAUUUUAUACCGGGAUGACACACAUUUGCAGAUGAUGGGUCGUGCACGCGGUGAAUCCGUGACGGGUUGUCAUUUGCCAAACCAACCGACCAUGCCCAUUGGGGUUUCGCACGCGUCGGUCGUCCUUCGUGAGCUUGUUUACUGUUUUAUGAACCUACUACUACUGCAAGGCAGGGGUUGUGUGGGGCUUCCAAGGUAGGGUAACUGGCGUUGUGUACUGUUUUACGGGUUAAACCAUGCCCUACCUUACCUUACUGUCCCGAGCAGGAAUCGACGGGUGUAAUCAUGAUGAUUUGACAUAAAUCAUUUGUCAUUGCGGAUAUGUAUACUACGCGGAAGAUAUAUCCACACUGGUGGAUUAGUGUCGUUUUGGUUUAGUUUCCAAUAAAGCGUGGUUUUCGGUUGGAUUAGUCCUCGUAACGCACGCAGUGCAAUGCGGAAGGUGUAUCGAUCCGAUAAAGACUAGAUAAGGACCAAUUGUGUCUGUGUCCUUCCAGCAUUUGACGCUCACUCAAAAAGUUUCCUAGUGUGCGGGUAUGCGGGAAACGGACGAAACUUGCUAGAUCGAAACAUUCAAGGGCUUUCCACCGUUUUCCUUGGAUUCUCCGCCAUCUUGUCUACCCUUCGUUAGGUUUCCUCCCGACCGCUGAAGGCAUUCGUUGGCUACUUGUGGUGCGAUACUGGCAGAAGUCAAGCAAGAUGUCAAACGUUGCAGCAGAAGAGUAUUUCACUUAAAACAAUACAGCCCAAUUGUCCUUGGAAAGUUUUGCCAGAAUUUGUUACCGGGAAGUGAUGGAGCGUUACUCGCCGUGGGGCCGGAAGGGGGGCGGCGCACCGAACGAUACGAUUCGCAUGCGCAACAUACAGCUGCAGGGUCUGUAUCCGGAGACGAAGAAUGUAAGUAUCCUUCCGCAAGAUCUCCGGAACCCGGUGUCGGUGGGACGUACGCGGGGUGUCGGUGCGGGCGGUGGUGGAGCACCGAUCCGUAGCGCAUCCGGGCAGAUCGUGACCGGCCUGACGGACGAUCCGAUCAUCAGCUUUAACGACGCCAACCGGUACCACGUGGAUAACGAGCUGCGGUACAAGACGUCGCCGGCCCAGAAGCAAACGUACCGGGCAGAGCUGGACCGGAUCGUGGCGGAGAAGGAAAACCGGGCGCGUAAGACGCGCAGCUCCGAGCUGGCCGAAUGUCAACCGCAAGCGGGUGGUGGCGCAAGCCGGCCGAACGGUGGCCCUUGGGGGAAGCCGGGCCCGGGCGGGAAACCGUGGCGUCCGCCGAAGAACGUUGGCCACAACUUCAUGAAGUCGAUGGGCUGGACGAACAAGGAGACGCUGCAGGAUCUAGACCUGGAGCUGGUGAACAGGAUGCAGCGCCAGCUGGAGGAGGAGAAUCGCUUCCUGAAGCGCUUCUCCAACUGCUGCUCACGGUGCGUCUGUCAGUGCAUCAGCAAUAGCCUGGAGCAGGCCCCUGCUGUGGGCGGCAGUGCGGGUGCGGGCCGGGAUGCGAUCAAGUAUCACCCAUCACCACCUGCAACUGCACCAGGUUUGCAGGCUCUGCCGGCACCACCACCACCACCACCACCGCCACAAGCCGGACCACGUGUUCCAAGGCUCUGCAAUCAAAGCCAGCAACAGCAGCAACAGCAACAACAGCAACAACAGGCAGGGGCGGGGGGUGGGCGGCGCAAUGGCGGGCGGGUUCCGCCGACGCGCAACUGUAUGAUAACAGGUGGCGUGGAGUUGGUGCCACUGCUCGCCAAACGGCGCUCCCAACCACGUCCCAUCAGCCUCGGCACAACCGACGUCACCAAGAUCGAUAAGUACACCGCAAACGGUAGUCUGGCCCGGCGCACCGACGACGGCUACCUGACCGACCUGUGCAAUCAGAUGAGCCAGAAGCAGCGGAAGGUGGAAACGGUGCGGGCGAUGGAGUUCGAGACGAGCCGGCAGCACUUCGAGACGUGGAGCUCGUUCUGGGGCCGGCCGGGCCACGGUGCACCACUGCCGAACAAGAACAAGCUCAACCUGGACAAUCUGCUUUACAAAUCGCGCCGCUAAAGCAGAAUCUGUACCAAUCUUGCAACCACUCCAAACUCGACACAAGCAACUGCUGCUCCAGCUGAACCAGAGAGCGAUCACACGACUCGAAAGGAAGUCACUGUGAAUGUAGGAUACCGAGCGCAGAGAAAGCAAAACACACACUACCGGCUAGUGUUCUAGGUAGCUCGUUCUGCUAGAGUACUUGAGUAGAUCUCGAUUGCGAUAGCAAACAGCGUGCGCCAAAAACCUGUUCCCACACAUACACCAACCACAGACACGGAGACCAUGAAGGCAGGUAAAACUAAUUACGACAAAGGCAAUUUUCUUCACUUGCCGAACGGACGCAAGUGAGUGCAAAGUUGUUUCGCUUUCACCCGAAAUUGACAAUUGAGAGAGAGAGAGAGAGAGAGAGAGAGAGAGAGAGAGCGAGUGAGACAAUUAAUAGAAACGCGCUCCAUCCUUUGAAUCGUUAUCUCCAUCGCAUUGUAUAUAAAUGUACAACGGAUCAGUGAGUGAGUGAUGCAAAAAAGGGGGCAACUACUAGUGCUAGUGUUAGUAGGUAGCACAGCCAGAACUAGACAGCAAAAGGCACAAAAGCCGAAACCGUCACACGGAAAGAGACAACCGACCGAAACGAACCGAAGUGCUCGAAAUGCACUCGACGAGUAGUAGUAGCAGUCAACACCAAGCGUCACGCUUAGUGUCAACAAAAUUGUUGACAGUUGGGGUACGCGUAGAAAACCCACGUUCAAAGCAAAAUAUGGUAAUUCUAUGUUCGGACAUCGUUAGGAGAUGGUUGAUUGUUGUUAAUUUUUUUAAAAAGAAUUCAGUAGUCUAUCGCGUUACGUUUCUUAACCAUUCCAUUCAUCAUUAAACUGUUUCUUGCUUGUCCUAAAGCUUUAAAAAAAAGGACAGAGGUGUGAAAACAAAAAUCGUACAACGAUAAACAGGUGAUGCGUUCUUGUUACACUUUAAACCCGAUCCUCACACAGUUGGUAGAGGUUUGUGGCGAAGUUGAGCGACAGGUUAAGGAAGUUAUAUCAUAUUAAAACUGCGUUCAUGUUCGCACAUUAAUGUAAAUGUAUCUAUCGAAAUGAAACCCAUUCUUCUGGCUAGAUGUAUCAGCAAACGUGCUUAAACCCUUCUUCAAGAUAUCUGCAAGAUACCCAAGCGAACAAACAGUGUUUAGUGCAGGUUUACCGAAAAUAUCGAUUCGCGGAAUGAUGCUUCCAGUUUAAGUGAAAUAUACAAGCGCCUGAUAAUAAACAAACCCCCAAAGCGUGAGGAAU